AUGUCCGACUUGCCUGAAGACACACUCUACUAUAACAUCUUUUCAAGGAUUCCGAUCAAAUCUUUGGUUCGUUUCCGGUGUGUAUGCAAACAUUGGCGCGAAUACAUUGACGAAUACAUCAAGGAUCCUCACCUUGCAAAGAUUCAUCAUGCCAUAGAAGAACCCAAACCCAUUCAUAUUGGUUCAAUCAAAUCUUAUUUUCCCUUUCAACAACCAAUCUCCAUACUCAGUUUUCUACGUGUUACGGAAGAUACUGUAGACGGAAUACAGGUGGAAGAGGAUCUGUCCUCUAUAUUUCAAAUAAAAAGAUCUUCAAUACACCAUCCGAAUCAUAAGAUACACGGUUAUUGCAAUGGGCUCAUCACUCUGAAACGACAACCACACCAGUUUCGUGAUAUUGGAACCACUUUUGAAGUGAUCAAUCCGCUAACUAAGGAAUGCCACGAGUUGCCACAACUCAAGAGGCCCAAUCAUGAAAGAAUAAUAGGGCAAGGGCUCGGUUUUGAUGAUUCCACCAACACCUUCAAGAUGGUCUGUCUUUUUGAUGAUAAUGGCAGUGUGGUGCAUGUUUUGGGCACAGACUCAUGGCGAGAGAUACCCCAAGUGCCCUUGCAUUGGAUUGAUGGGGAAGCCGUUUAUGCUAAUGGACGUUUGUAUUGGCAAACUAGGUACGCGAAUUAUGGGUUCCAGUUAGUUUGGUUUGACAUGAAGAAAGAGGAAUUCGGGGUGAUUGACCUUCCCAAACAAACAGAGGGUUGGUAUCACCUUUAUUACCCUGAGUUGGUUAAUCUUAAUGGAGAACUCAGAUUCGUAGCUCAUUAUAUUAGGCAUAAUGAUCGUGAGGUGGUAGUGUGGAUACUUAAGCAUGAUGAUCAAUGGAUUACACACUGUGUUUUUAAGCAUCAUAAUUCCUAUGGCCGUGUUAGUGUUUUAGGUUGCUGGAACCAAGAUGGAGACUUAUUAUUAUUGUCAUCUCACGAAGGAUUUCUGUUGUUUCUUUACAGACUGAAAAGUGGCAGUUUCCAUAAGCUGAUCCGUCCAGAAGAUGAAGCUAAAGGCGGAGAGAUUCGAAUGUAUCAAAGCAGUUUGCUUUCAAUACGCAAAUGGCAUUAA